AUGGCGGAUGCAAAUCAAUCUCCACUGGUAGUGGUGGUUUCAGGAGGAGGACCUGUGGGAUUAACAUUCUCUCUAAACCUUGCCAUGAUGAUGGGUGAACAUGUGAAGAUUAUUAUCUAUGAGGGUCGUUGGUUUGUUGAUGAAGACAGCAUCACACGCUGGCAAGGUGAGGAACAAGGAAAAACACGUCGAGAUCAAGUGGUGACCUUGCAAGAUCAUGUUAUACAGCAAAUGCCUCCUUACAUUCAGAAAGGUCUUUUUCAGAAUUAUGAUGAACGUGUAUGGCCAACAUCACGAAAUAUUCCUAUUCGGGAAGUGGAAGAUCGACUCUUUGCCUUGAUUCAACCAUUCGUACAAAAUGGACAAAUCGAAUUAGUUCCUGAAGCUUUACAAGAACAAACCGAGCGUCUAAUUAAAGGUAAUUUUGAUAUGUUGAUCGGAGCAGAUGGUUCAAAUUCCUUCGUUCGCCGUUACUGUAACAUACCCAUGAUUAGCGAAGGAGUUGAAUAUGCGUGUGGUGUCGCUUAUCAGAUCCCAGCACACGUCCCAGCGCCGGAAGAGCCAUUACAUCAAGCUCUGAACUGUGUGUUAACUGUCGCUCAAACUCGAUAUUUAGUGAAUUCAUCGUCUAGUCGUCGUGGUUAUUUAAAUAUUCGUCUGAUACAAAGCGAAUACGAGGAACUGCGUGAACGCUUACAAGAGUUUCAACAUCUCAAUGAACCAUUGGACUUGCUAGAUGUAAAUAAGUGUCCGAACUCAUCACUCGUUUGGACGAUCGUUCGACAAGGUUUGGAAUUCUUUAAAAUUUCUCCCAAGUACGUCUUUCGUGUGGUGCCCAUCGAAAUCAACGUUCGACAUGCUUCUAUUGUUGUGCGAGAACUUCGCUUUGAAAUUCAAGAAGAUAAAGAUGAAAAAGCGUCGUCUGUACCAAAAGCCGGUGGACGAAAACAAUACAAAACAGCGUUAGCUUGUCUCGCUGGCGAUGCGGCAUUGAAUGUUCACUUUUGGCCCGGUCGUGGCAUGAACAGUGGAAUGAAGGCAGCCAUGGCUCUCGCUCGAAACAUUGUUCAUUCGUGUCGAACCAAAGCGUCGCCGGAGACCAUCACUGUUCGUCGACCUCUUCGUUUUCUUGAUUUUCUGGACUAUGAAGGUUUUAUGGCUCGUCUUCGCGCGAGAGAACAGCAAGGCAGAUCACUACGUGUUCUCAUCGAUCCAAUCGAUCAAAGUGUCGUUGAUUCGUAUUCUUAUGCGGGUGUGGGUCACUGUCAUGUGAAAUAUACGAGACGAUUAAUUCGGAAGUUGCAAGAUAUGCGCGAGCGCCUUCAAGAACGAGCUGAUUGGCCUCAUCAAGACCGACCAAUUAUCGACGAAGAACUGCAACGUGCUUCCAAUCGAAUUUCGCCCAAUGCCGUCGCUCAGCUCUCAUUAGCUAAUCCAUGGCCUACGCGGGAAAUGGGCGGCAUCGAUGUUCUCGUCGAAGAUACCUUUCCAUUCAAUCCGAAGAAUUUUGUUGAAGUUCCGGAACUGAAGAAAAAUCCACUUACGCAUACACCCAGCAUUUUAGUCCAGCAGCGUUUCCUUUCAUUGUGGAUCGUUAAUGAGCCAAUGACCAAAGAUGUCGAAACGCUAGUCGAUACCGUUGGCAACUUACCUAAAGAAACGUUCAUUGAGCUGGCAGUUGUUCACACCAUCGAACAAGCGACAGAAUGGAUGAAUAGUUUACACGAUGCAACACAAGUUAUUUGUGGUCUGAAAAAAUCGAGAAAACUCUAA